AUGGUUUUUGCUGCAAUUACGACAAACAAUCUGCCGGUGACCACUCAUUUCCGCAAGGACAUUGACACUGUCAAGGACGGUGUUUUGACGAUCCCCGAUAAAGAUGCAAAAGAUGCUAAGUACCCGCAAUUCCUGCCAACUUGGGAUCCCAGCCAGAAAUACCCAAAACUGGAACCUUUCCAUUUUGUUGAUAGAGGCUUUUUCGGAGAUCCUGGCUAUGAAAGAUUGCUAGCAGAUGCGGAUGGGCCCGUUGAUCAAUUUGACCUAACUCCAAAACUCGGCACCGAGAUCCGGUCCGGCAUCCAAUUGUCGACACUUUCACCAGAGGCCAAAGACGAUUUAGCUCUUUUGGUUGAGAGACGUGGAGUGGUCGUUUUCCGCAACCAAGAUUUCAAAGAUAGGUCGCCAGAUUUUGUCAAGAAGUGGGGUGAACACUUUGGCCCUCUUCAUAUUCAUCCAACGACAAGUGCUCCCAAGGACCACCCAGAACUCCAUAUCGUCUACAUUCGCCCUGAUCCUGCCGAGAUUAAGCGUAUGUUUGCAACAAAAAUGAAUAGUUGUCUUUUCCACUCGGACGUGUCGUUUGAGUUGCAACCUCCUGGUGUCACUCUGUACUGCGUUGUGCAGGGUCCAGUGACAGGAGGGGAUACUGUGUUCGCUGACACAAUCGAGGCCUAUGAUCGUUUGAGUAAUAAGAUGAAGGGCCUUCUGGAUGGUCUCAAAGCGGUUCAUUCGGGAAUUGCUGUUGCCAACGAUUCGAUUAGGAAUGGUGGAAUUUUCAGAAGAGAUCCUGUGGAGUCGAUUCAUCCACUCGUGAGAUAUCAUCCUGUUCUCAAGAAAAAGGCUCUUUUUGCAGGCAACGGGUUUGUCACUAGGAUCCUAGGGCUUAAGGAUGCGGAAAACAAGAACCUUCUGGAUUUUAUCUCGAACCACAUCGAGUCUUCGAUCGACAUCCAGGUCCAUGUGAGAUGGGAGCCUGGUACCGUUGUUUUGUGGGAUAACAGAAGAAUUCUUCACUCCCCAACAGUCAACUGGGAUACACCUGAGCUGAGACAUGCCUUUAGAGUCACUCCACAAGCCGAGAGACCAGUUGGAUCCGAGGAAGAGUAUGAAAACUGGACUCCCGAAAAGGAGCUGGAAGACCUGAAAGAGAAGGAGAGGAUUCUGAGUGCCUUCCCUGACGAAGUUGAUAUUUAA